AUGACACGAAAAGAGAUUGUUACUCUAUGCAACCAACACCGUCAAUCGGUCAAUGCACCGCCUUUGACAUAUCAUUCUAGAUUACAUCGUGCAGCACAGUGUCAUGCGAACUAUAUGGCCAAAACACAGUACAUGUCUCACGAUGAGAAUAUCGCGGGUGUAAAAACAGUUGGAGAACGCGCUCAUAAAGCAAAUUAUAGCUGGACCAUAAUAGGAGAGAAUGUUGCUGCUGGGCAAACAUCAGCUUCGAGUGUGAUGAAUGGCUGGAUGAACAGCGAGGGCCACCGAAAGAAUAUUCUCAAUGGCCAUUUCCGUAACAUAGGAUUAGGUUUUUCUAAGGGUGCAAAUGGCGUGAUCUAUUGGUGUAUGGUUUUGGGAAGUUGGCCUGGUGCCCAAUAG